AUGACUCCACAAAAAGAAGAUCGACUAAGGUUGCGCUUCAAGUUGGAGAAAGGGGAAAACGGAGAGCUUGAGGUUGUUAGUACAAAGCGGGAGAAUUCCUCACCACCACACGGAAUCGGAAAAUUUGCAGGCUCCGCGUACAAUAUCCUCUCCCGUGCGUUCGUUGACUACACGCUUAACAAUUCAACUGUGUUAGAGAUUCUCCAUUGGAGCCGCGAUACGCUCACGCCAGACGAGUUUCUCUGGGCAGCACUAAGCAGAUUUCCAGGAGCGCCAGGCUCCUUACCGUCAAAUCGCCAAUAUGACAAGAAUGAAUUCCAGAGUCUCGCAAGAAUUGUUAAAUGGCGAGGUCACGUUCAAAAUGGACUCUAUCCAAAGUGCUAUGGAAGCUAUCGCCAUGGAAUCUGCAUCUAUGGAGCAGGCGAUUUGCCCUGGCUACUCAAACAGAAGCACCUCUUUGCGAACAAGUUCAGCGCAUGGAACGACGAUUUGGCGCUACAGUGCUUAGAAAAUUAUUUGAGAAAAAAAGAGCUGUCUGAAACAAUUGAAUUUUCUAAAAAAAAUAAAACUUAUCAUUUACCACUACGUCAAGUGGGUAGGCUUGACUCUCCCAGAAGCUUCAUCUGCCCAGCCUGGGAGAAUGAAGCUUCUGAGUCCAAUGAAACAAAAGUUAUGUAA